AUGAGAGAGUUCUUUGCUUAUAGGAUGCAGGAUAGGGACACCAAAUUCUCUCUAAUCCUUAAUGCGAGGAGGUUGUAUCAGCAGUUUAUAGUCGAUGCAUACACAAUGAUUGAAAGCGAGCGGCUAAACUACAUAAGAUUUCAGCAAACCAAAUUACGAUGCGAAUCCUUUAACAGCCUAAGAAGUGUUCAGCAAGGUGGCCAGACUGAUCUGUCUCAUACUGGAAAACCUGUGAUAUUACCGUCUUCGUUUACUGGUGGAGCUCGAUAUAUGAUGCAAAAUUACCUUGAUGCUAUGGCUUUAUGUAGGAAGUAUGGGUAUCCUGAUUUUUUCAUAACUAUCACCUGUAAUCCGAAAUGGCCCGAGAUGGUAAGGUUUAUUGGUGACACAUCAGUUAAGCCUGAAGACAGACCCGACAUUCUUUGUAGACUGUUUAAGAUGAAGCUUGAUGCAUUGAUAAAAGACCUUAAGGAAAAAAAAUUUCUUGGCGAUAUUAAUGCUGUUGUUUACACCGUUGAAUUUCAAAAGCGUGGUCUGCCACAUGCUCAUCUAUGUGUUUUUAUGAAAGCUGAUCAUAAGGUUCCAACUGUUGAACAUAUUGAUCCUUUUAUCUCAGCUGAGAUUCCUGAUAAAAAUGAAGACCCUGAAUUAUAUUCUCUGGUCUGUGAGUUCAUGAUUCAUGGUCCAUGUGGACAUGCUAACUUGAAAUGUCCAUGCAUGGUAGGAAACCGUUGUUCUAAGAAUUUUCCAAAGAAGUUUUUGGAGGCUACAUCUGUUGAUUCAGAUGGAUUUCCGCUUUAUAGGCGAAGGGACGAUGGUCACACGGUUGUUAAGAAGGGUGUGACAUUGGACAACAGGAGCGUCGUUCCAUACAACAAAAGGCUUCUUAGAAGAUAUCAGGCGCACAUCAAUGUGGAGUGGUGCAAUCAGGAGAUACCGAAAGAUGAAAUAAAAGAAUAUUACGAGGCAAGAUAUGUUUCUGCAUGUGAAGCAAGUUGGAGAAUAUUUGCAUGUGAAGUUCACUAUCGGUAUCCAUCUGUUAUGAGGUUACCAUUUCAUCUUCCAGACCAGCAGAAUGUAGUUUUCAGUGGUGAAGAUGAUAUUGAAAAUGUGCUAAACAAACCUCAGGUCAAUUCAUCUAUUUUUUUGGAGUGGAUGAACAUGAACAAAAAACCUGAAACAACGAAACUUACGUAUGUUGAGUUUCCAUCAAAGUAUGUUUGGAAGUUAAAGGAUCGUUGCUGGCAGCCGCGAAAAAAUUAUGUUGUUGUUGGAAGACUUUAUUCAGUUUCUCCUUCCCUUGGUGAAGCUUAUUACCUUAGAAUUAUUCUAACCAAAGUCAAGGGUCCACGAUCUUUUGAAGAAAUUAGAACCUAUGAUGGUGUUGUUUAUCCUACUUUUAGGGAUGCAUGUUAUGCGCGUGGCCUAUUAGACGAUGACAACGAAUACAUUGAGUGUAUUAAAGAGGCCAGUUUUACAGGAAAUGGUCAUUAUUUUCGUUCAUUGUUCGGUACACUCCUUUUGUCUAAUACUCUAUCAAGACCAGAAAUUGUUUGGGAAAAGACGUGGGAGUUUUUGUCGGAGGACAUUUUACACAAUAUGCGGAAGGAUUCUGGGUUAAGUGGUUUUGCUGUCUCUGACGAGCGUUUAAAGAAUAUUACUUUGUCUAAAAUUCAAAACUAUCUUAUCCGUAAUGGAUCCAGCUUGCAUAGAUUCUCACCGAUGCCUGUUCCAGAUGAAGAUUCUACAUUAUAUGAGGCUAAUCGUCUAAUAAAUGAGGAGCUUUCUUGGGAUAAGGACGAAGUUAGCGCUGAAUUCAAUAAGCUUCAUAAUUCUUUAAAUGAUGACCAAAGAGCAGUGUAUAACGAGAUUAUGAGUGUUGUUGGACGUGGGAAAGGUGGUGUUUUUUUUGUGUACGGUUACGGUGGUACGGGUAAGACAUUUCUUUGGAAAACUUUAGCUGCUUCCAUAAGAUGCAAUGGGCAUAUUGUUGUUAAUGUUGCUUCAAGCGGGAUUGCAUCGCUGUUGUUGUCACGAGGCCGUACCGCCCAUUCAAGAUUUCAUAUUCCGGUUAAUCUUACUGAAGAUUCCGUUUGUCAUAUCAAACCUAAUUCUGAAAUCGCUAAUCUUAUAAACGAAGCGAAGUUGAUUAUUUGGGACGAAGCACCGAUGGUACACAAACAUGCUUUUGAAGCUCUUGAUCGUACAUUGAAAGAUGUUUUGAGUGUCUCCGAUUCACGUAAUUCUGAACUUCCCUUUGGUGGAAAGACUAUUGUUUUCGGUGGUGACUUUAGGCAAAUCUUACCGGUUGUACAAAACGGCACAAGGCAAGACAUUGUACACGCCUCUUUAUGUUCAUCUUACAUUUGGUCCACUUGCAAGGUUUUAAAAUUGACCCGUAACAUGCGUUUAUCAGUUGGAAGCAGUAGUUCAAACAUUGAUGAGAUAAACGAUUUUGCCAAAUGGCUUCUUGAAAUUGGUGAAGGCAAUAUUGGUGAUGGUAACGAUGGCGAUUCAACUAUAGAAAUACCAAAGGAUCUUUUAAUCACCGAUUCAACUGAUCCAAUUCAAAGCUUGAUUGACUUUGUGUAUCCAUCAGUUCUUAACCGUUUUAAAGAUCGUGACUACUUUUCUGAAAGAGCCAUACUUGCUCCUAAAAAUGAGGUUGUACAUGGUAUCAAUGAUCGUUUGCUUACAUUAUUUCCCGGUGAAGAAGUAGAGUAUCUUAGCUCAGAUACUCUAUGCCCAACUGAGGAAAUUAAUGAUCCAUUACACCAAGAUCUGUAUAAUCCUGAUGUGUUAAAUAGUUUGAUAGUUUCUGGCUUACCCAAUCAUAGAUUGGUGUUAAAGUUGAGUGUCCCAGUCAUGCUUUUGAGGAAUAUUGAUCAGCAGAAUGGGUUAUGCAAUGGUACACGUCUUCAGAUCACGCGUCUUGGAAAACGUGUUAUCGAGGCUGAGAUACUAUCUGGAGGUAAUGUUGGUUCAAGAACUUACAUUCCCAGAAUUAGCAUGAUACCUUCAGACAAGAAAAUACCUUUCAAAUUUCAACGAAGGCAGUUUCCCAUAACCGUCUGUUUUGCCAUGACUAUUAACAAAAGUCAAGGGCAGUCUCUUUCCAGAGUUGGUCUGUACCUAAGAGACCCCGUUUUCUCACAUGGUCAGCUUUAUGUUGCGUUGUCGAGAGUAAAGACAAGAGAUGGCGUGAAGCUUUUAAUAUCUGACAAAGAUGGAAGUCCAACGAAUAAAACUAAAAAUGUUGUUUACAAAGAAAUAUUUGGAAAGUUAUAG